CUGGCGGUAAAGCUGAUGGAGCUGAGAAGGUACACAGAGGCUUCCGUCCUGUUGGAGCAAUAUGCCAAGGACUGUGAAGAGGCCAUUUCUGCUCUGAUUGCUGGGGCAGCCUGGGAGGAGGCCCUUCGACUGAUCUACAUGUACGAGAGACAGGACAUCAUGGAGACGGACCUGAAGCCAGCACUGCUGGAAGCUCACAGCAAUCAAAUGUCCUUCUUGGAGGGUCAGAAGGCCACGUUCAUCCGCCACAAAAACCGUCUCUCUGUGGUGCGGGAGCUGAAAGAAAAAGCCCGACUUGAGCUGUUGGACGAGGAUGCCCCGGACUGUCCAGACUCGGAGCUCUUCUCCGAAGCCAGCAGCAUGAUAACGGCCAGUGCCACCGGCUCUAAGUACUCCCACAGCAACUCGCGCAUUUCUGCGAGGUCAUCGAAGAACCGUAGGAAGGCAGAGAGGAAGAAGUACAGCCUGAAAGAGGGAAGCCCCCUGGAAGAUGUGGCGCUGCUGCACGCCCUGACCGAGACUCUGUACACGGUGGACAAGCUGAGAGAGGAGGUUCACAGCCUGCUGAAGGCGCUGGUGCUCUUCGGCCUGGACUCGCAGGCUCAGAAGCUGCAGCAGGACUAUGGUGAAGUGCUGCUUCUCAUGGAGGCAUCCAUCCCAGAGGUGUGGCCUGAGGGCCAGCAGCAGAGCUCCGUCCCUGUCACAGGACCGAACUCGACUGCGAACAGCAUCAUGGCUUCCUAUCAGCAGCAGAAACCAUCGCCUCUGGUGCCACAGCAAGAUGCAGAGGUCUUCAACCCUCCGAAAAUGAGGAGUAACAUCAAAUGGAAGCUCACAAUUCUUAAGUAGCUCUUGUAUAUAAUGGCAAAAUCUGUCUAGAUGUUAAACACGUUAAAAAUAAAAGUACCUUUUUUUUUUGUAAUGUGGAGAUGCCGGCCUUGUUCUGCUGUUUAAAAGGGAAAGGGAUGAAGACUUCUCAGUCUGUACAGUUUCGUUUCAAGUUGCUCACUAGAGGUAAUGGACCUGAGAACAGUUUAAAGGGAAUUUACUCCGAAGGUGGCCUCAACUCAGACUGCUCUCACAUUGUCCACUGGGAGGUGCUGCUAUACUCCACUCCAACCCAAUGUCGCCGAUGGGGAAGCGAAGACUUCACAGCUGCAGGUUUGACCCGGUCAUAUAUGUGUCAGCAACAAUAUAAAGCAAAUUGAUGACGUCAAAAUGUCUCAAUUUCUCUGAGAUUUUCUGUGAAAAAGAAUUUACUUGGAUGAAAUAUUUUUAAGAAAUACAAAUACCACUUGUCCUUUAGCAGAUGGUACAGGUUCAAUAGACAAACACCCAGCAGUUGUAGUAGAAAUACAUUUAAUAUUAAGUUGAGUGAAAUCUAGAGGUCAUUCUUUCUGUCUGUCACUAUUUUCAGAAAGGUACUGCAUGGCCAUCAGGAGAUAGACAUUCACCUAUGUGGUUGAUGACCCCAAGUAGGAGUGCUUAACAGGAAAUUCAGAGUACUGGAAACGAGUAGUCCUCUGACAACAAAUAGACAGGUGUCAACGGUAACCAUUUGUUACUUAUAUAUUCCUUUAAAGAUAGUCAAAAGCUGUGUUAAAAUUGCCUAAAACUCAUCUGACUGUAGAGAACAGUGUGUGGGGUUUCUGCCACUCCAUUUCUUCAGUUACUUGGUGUUCUGUGCUUACAUCCAUCAAUAAUUGUCAAAAUGAAAUAAAAUUAGUAUUUUAUGUGUGUGUGUGGGUAUAUAAAUAGAAAGGACACUGGUGAAAAAGCGGAG